GCAGCCAUGCCACACAUCAAAGGUCUCGAAGUACUAAAUGACUGCAAUGAAAACCAAAAAAUGCUUGCAAAACUUCCUGACUGGCUCACAUCAAGGUGGAACAGAAAGGUUACAGAAGUCCAAGAACAGAGCCACAUAUUUCCAAGUUUCAGCGAUUUUGUUGCGUUCAUCUCAUGUGAAGCCAAAAUUGCAUGUAAUCCCAUAACUUCUCUCUAUGCUCUGAAACCAAGAGAAAAUGAGAAAACAAAGUUACAAACAACCAGGACUCAUGGCGCAAAGGUCAUGGCACUGAACUCCAAUGAAAGGGCUGUCAGUUUAAGCUGUGUCUAUUGUGAGAAAGCAGGUCACAGUCUGCAGAAAUGUUUCAAAUUCAUGAAUGAGAACAUUGGAGAAAGACUGAAGUUUGCACAAGAGAAGAAGUUAUGCUCUGGCUGUUUGAAGUUGGGCCAUCGCUCCAAGGAUUGUCACAACAGAGAAACCUGUGACACAUGUAAGAAAAAACAUCCAACAUGUCUUCACGACACACGGACUAAAGAAGAGCGAACUCGGACAAAGAACAAUGAAGCAAGGAGCACUGAUAAAACAAAACAAAGGAAACCAGAUUCAACACUACAAGAUAACAAUUUCACACAAACAAGUGAAGCAACUUCUAACAGAGUAAUGCAGAAUGUCAAGGAUACUCACACAUCCUCUAUUGUUCCUGUGUGGGUUUCAGCUGAAAGUGAGCCAGAGCGUGAAGUUCUAGUGUAUGCACUUCUUGAUACACAGAGCGACACGACCUUCAUUUUACAGGAAACUGCCAGAGCCUUGCACACUGUAAAUGAGGUUGUUCAGCUAAGGCUUACUACAAUGUCAUCAAGAAAUACUGUUGUUACCUGUCACAAGCUCUCUGGUUUACAAGUAAGAGGAUUUUACUCAAAUCAGAUCAUCCCUCUGCCAGUAACAUAUGCCAGAGACUUCAUUCCAGCGAAUCGGGAUCACAUUCCAACACCAGCAACUGCCAAGGCAUGGCCCCAUCUUGAACACAUUGCAGAUGAAAUCGCUCCACUCCAAAGUUGUGAUGUUGGUCUUCUGAUUGGUUAUAACUGCCCACAAGCACUCAUACCCCGUGAAGUGGUUUCUGGCAAGGAAAAUCAGCCCUUUGGACAAAAAACUGAUCUGGGCUGGAGUAUCGUGGGCUUUGGCAUUCCAUGUCUUGAUUAUGGUGAUGCCUUUGGAGUAAGCCACAAAGUCAUUGUGAAGCAAGUGGUUCCAGGUGUUCAACCAUCUUCAAGGUUCACCAAUGAAGUGCAUUACGUGUGCAGAACUCAAAUAAAGGAAAUGGUCUCACCUGCUAAUGUAAUCAAGCUGCUGGAGUCUGACUUUGCAGAAAGAGCUGCAGAAGAUGUUAAGAUCUCCCAAGAAGAUCUCAGGUUUCUGACAAAGAUGAAGGAAGGCAUCAGGCUCAAGGAGAAUGGACAUUUUGAGAUGCCACUUCCGUUUAAGAGUGACAAACCUAACUUACCUGACAACAAAUCAUGUGCCAUACAUAGGCUCAGAUGUUUGGAAAGAAAGUUGAGAAGAAACAAGCAAUACUACAUGGAUUACAAGAAGUUCAUGGAAGAAAUCAUCGCUCACGGCGACACUGAAAAGGUUCCUGAGCAAGACAUCAACAAUACCCCAGCAUGGUACAUUCCACACCAUGGGGUGUACCACCCACAGAAACCAGGAAAGAUUCGCAUUGUCUUUGAUGGCUCUGCUAAGUUUCAAGGAACAUCCAUUAAUGACCAUCUUUUGACUGGCCCAGAGCUUACAAACACCCUGCUCGGAGUAUUGUGUCGUUUCCGUUGAAGCCCAGUGGCUAUAAUGUGCGAUAUUGAACGCAUGUUUCACCAGUUUCACGUGUGUGCUGCUGACCAAGACUACCUACGGUUCUUAUGGUGGGAGAAUGGCGACCUCGACACCCCAUGUACCAUCUACAGAAUGAAAGUUCAUCUGUUCGGUGCGGCAUCUUCUCCAGGCUGCGCUAACUAUGGCCUCAAACAUCUGGCAGCUGAAGGAGAAGGACGCUUCAGUAAGGAAACAGUGAAGUUUAUAAAAACAAACUUCUAUGUCGACGAUGGCUUAGCAAGUGUUGAUACGGAAAGCCAAGCAGUACAGUUAGUCAAAGAGGCACGUGAACUCUGCAGCACAGGCAAACUUCGAUUACACAAGUUCAUAUCAAACAGCACAAAGGUCUUGUAUUCCCUUCCAAAGGAAGAAUGUUUAGUAUCUGCCAAAAAUAAGGACAUGGCAUUGAGUGAAAUCCACAUAGAGAGAGCACUAGGCGUGCAAUGGUGUGUGGAAUCAGACCAGUUCCAGUUCAGAGUGACUGUUAAGGAAAAUCCACUCACUCGAAGAGGAGUUUUAUCCACAGUCGCCUCUGUGUUCGAUCCACUUGGAUUUGUGUCACCCUUCAUCCUGCUAGGAAAGCAGAUCCUGCAGCAGAUGUGUCGAGAUAAACUCAGCUGGGAUGACACCUUACCUGAAAAUCUUCGACCUCAGUGGGAAUCUUGGCUGCUUGAUCUAAGGAAUUUGGCAAAGGUAAAGAUUCAAAGAUGCUACACUCCAAAUAACUUCAAGGCAGAGCAUUAUGAACUGCACCAUUUCUAUGACGCCAGUACUUCUGGAUACGGCAUGUGUACCUACCUCAGAGCAGUAAGCACAUCUGGUGAAGUCCACUGUUCCUUGGUGAUGGGAAGAUCAAGAGUUCCACCAUCGAAAGUUACAACCAUUCCCCGACUUGAGUUGUCAGCUGCUGUAGUUGCUGUUCGCACUGGUGAUAUGCUGAAAAAGGAACUGGAAGUUGAAAUGUUGCAAGAAACCUACUGGACCGAUUCAAAGGUUGUUCUAGGAUACAUCGCGAAUGAAGCCAGGAGGUUCCAUGUUUUUGUUGCAAACAGAGUUGAACGUAUCAAACAAAGCACAGAGCCUGAACAGUGGAGGUAUGUGGCGUCUGAAGAGAACCCAGCAGACCAUGCCUCUAGAGGUCUUACAGCUGAACAACUUAUAGCCUCAAACUGGUUUCAAGGUCCAGAUUUUCUCUGGCAGAAGGUCAUGUCCAGUGGUGAGAUCAAGGUGGGAGAGAUAUCAAGCAGUGAUCCGGAAGUCAAGAAGGUUCAGGUGCUCAAGACACAAGCCAAAGAACAAAUAUCUCUUCUGGAUCGCAUACACAAGUUCUCAGACUGGUCAAGAAUGAUCAAAGCCAUUGCUAGACUCAAGCGCCUUGCAAAGGAAGUGAAGGAACGCAAGAGAAGAUCUUGUGAAGUCAGUAAUGUGGAAGAAAGAAGGGAAGCAGAGCUGACAGUUAUCAGAAUGGUUCAAGAUGCUGCCUUCUCGCAUGAAAUAAAGUCCCUUCAAAAUCCCACAUCAAUACAAACCAAAGACAUUGUCAAAAAGUUACAUAAAUUGAGUGCAUUUCUGGAUGACCAAGGCUCACUUCGAGUUGGAGGACGUCUCAAGCAUGCUGCUUUACAUUCUAAUAUCAAGCAUCCAGUUAUCUUACCAAGAGACCGCCAUGUGUCAAUGUUACUCAUCAAGCAUUACCAUGAGAAAACAUACCAUCAAGGACGAGGGAUCACUAUGAACAAGCUCCGCGCAAGUGGAUAUUGGAUCCUUGGGUGCAGCAAGGUUGUAUCCUCUUAUAUCCACAGAUGUGUUAAAUGCAGAAAGUUCAGGAGAUGCACAGAACAGCAGAAAAUGGCAGACCUCCCGGAAGAUCGGAUGGAGACUACUCCACCAUUCACCUACUGUGGGAUGGACUGCUUUGGUCCUUUUUAUGUCAAGGAAGGCAGGAAGGAGCUAAAGCGCUACGGCUUGUUAAUCACCUGCAUGUGCUCUAGAGCAGUGCACAUAGAAAUGCUUGAUGAUUUAACCACCGAUGCCUUCAUCAAUGCACUGCGUGCAUUCAUCGCCAUAAGAGGCUCAGUUCGUCAGAUAAGAUGUGAUCAGGGAACAAACUUUGUUGGUGCAAGAAAUGAGUUUGCAGAGGCAUUCAAGGAAAUGGACCAAAUCAAGCUGGAAAAUCUGGAAUGCGAGUUUCUCAUGAACACCCCAGCUUCAAGUCAUAUGGGUGGUGUCUGGGAACGACAAAUCCGCACCAUAAGAAGUGUUCUGUCAUCCAUCCUUGAACAAUCAGCUAAACAACUUGACAGCUCCUCUCUAAGAACUUUCCUUUAUGAAGUCAUGGCAGUGAUAAAUAGUCGACCUCUUACCACAGAUCAACUAUGUGACCCAUCAAGCCCAGAACCUCUGACGCCAAACCACAUAUUGACCAUGAAGUCCACAAUCAUCUCUCCACCACCAGGCAAGUUUGUCAAGGAAGAUCUUUAUCUUCAGAAGAGGUGGCGUCGUGUUCAACUCCUUGCCAAUACCUUUUGGACAAGAUGGAAAAAGGAGUACUUGCUGAAUCUUCAAAGUAGGCAAAAAUGGACUAAACAAUACCGAAAUGCCCAAAUCAAUGAUAUUGUACUUUUGAAAGAUGAAAUAACACCACGAAACCAGUGUAAGUUGGCAAAAAUCGUUGAUGUGUACCCUAGUAAGGAUGAAAGAGUGAGAAAGGUCAAGCUACUGAUGAUUGAUCGCUCUCUAGAUGAAACAGGAAAGCGUAUCUCCAAACCUGUUUACCUGGAAAGGCCCAUUCAGAAGACAGUUGUCCUGUUGGAAGCAAAUUAAGGAGACUGAACUCUUAAUACUCUAAAUAAAAGAGUAACAAGUCAUAUUCCAUAAUUAGUUCACAAUUCAUUGCAUAUUAAGAAUAACUAGUUCAUAAGUUUAAAAGAAAUAUUUAGUUCUAUAAAUCACAAGUGAUUGGUGGGAGUGUAACAGUCCCAAACAUUUAUGUGUUUAUUCUGUUGUUGUAAAUUAUAUUUUAAUUUGCGCCAUCUAGUGGUGAGAGCAUGUGGAACAAAGUUCAAUUAAAGUUCCACACGGACUCAUUUAACUACGCACACAGCUAUCAGCGCAUUGCUGCAGCCACGUGAAGAUCUCCGGUAAGAUCGUUAGAAAUCACAUCGAUGUAUAACAGAAUUAUCAAUGUAAUAAUUUGUUUAUUGUACUUAUUUAGAAAGUUAAAGGAAAGUUGAAGCCAAAUGAGUAAUUAGCCCCUCGUGGAUGUCAGCCCACGAGUUCUCACGGGUUGUGAAGACCAAUAAACCCUGUUUUAAACACCUCGUGCUCAUGCUAAUUCCUCGAGGGUGCUACAAUAUUCAAUGUUUGUUAAAAAAAGUCCCGGCCAUGCUUUCAAAGUGUCUCUCUUUAGUUACAAAAGCAGAGUCUGCUUCUUCUCCUCCCUAAAAGACACACAACACUCUUCCUUUCUCCACUUUCUCCGCUUGGUCCUAUGUUCUGCUUUAUACGUCUUCCUCUUCCUCACCAGCAGAGUCAUCCCCUGUGGAAUAUUUCCUUUAAGGUAAGGAGCCUAAUACUGCUGAUAGAAAAUAACAGCCACAGCCAUUAAGGAGCACAGCUGUCAUUCCUAACUGACCGGUUCAUGUCAGAAGAAACGUUCACUCACCGUAGCAUGAUGUUGUGGAUCCAGAGAAGACUUGAGAGUUUACAAAAACUACAACGUUACAAAAAGAAAUCUCCACAGAGAGCAAAGCAAAGAAGCUCCAAUCACCUCAGAGUAGAACUGAACUAGAGGAGCUAAAAACUGAACGCAAAGCAAAAGCCCAACAGAAGGAAAUCCAAAUACCUUUCAGUUCAGCCAGUGCCGAGCAAGUAACUGGAUUGGUGAGCCAAGCAACAGAGGAGAGGAACUUCAGAUCACAAUCAACCUCUUAAAUGAUGGCAAGCAGGUGUGUAGCACCUCACAGAGAGCCACAGGUGAGUGGGCGGGGUUCAGGGGACCCCCGGGCAUCACACGGCUUGUGCUGGGCUCCAUUUGAACACAUCUUA